ACUCAAGCUCAAACUCAAGCUCAAGCUCAAACUCAAGCUCCAAGGCGAGCCAUCCGAGCGCUGGCGGAUCGCAGAUGCUGCCAACCGUGCUCGGCCACCUUGUUGGCGGUCAUCAGGGACGUGUAACAUGUGUUGCGUUCAGUCCUGCGCCGUCGCUGCAUGCUAUACUCGCAUCGGGUGGCGAAGACGGACGACUCGUGCUGUGGAAUGCCGCCACUCUGACGGCGGUGCGCCCUCGAGAUGCUGCUGCUGCUGCUGCUGCUGCUCAAUCGUCUCUCGAAUCAUCCAGCGAACCAACCCACCAAAGCGCCAUUGUGAGCCAAUCUGCUCAGUCAGUGCAGUGUGCAUAUCAUACUGGAAGCCAUGGAGAGAUUGUCGACGUUGGAUGGUGGUGGCCGUCAAAACAGCCAGCCCAACCACCAUCAAACCCCGGCUCGCUUCCGUUGCCAUUCGGCGACGCUGACGACUGGCUGGCGAUUGCAGACAAGACCGGCGGAAUCAUGGCAUUGCGACCACUGGCGUUGAUAAAUGCGCAGCAUGCGCAUCGCAAUGGCUCCAGUCCCUCUCCCGGACUAAAGUCUCGACGCCUUGUUCCUCAAGCCAACGUUCCCAUUGUAUGCAUCGCUUGCGCGCCUUACCAGCAAGGACUCCUCGCCGUGGGAUAUCGAAAUGGUCUGGUACUCUUGAUACAGCUGAACUCGGCAAAAUGCUUUACUGAUGCUGCUGGAAGUUCCGGCUCGUCGUCGUCGGGCAAAGGGACCAAAUCCGGUGGUGGAGCGGAUGACUUUUGCGUCGUGCGCCGACUGCACGCGCACGAGGACGAAGUCCACAGUCUAUCCUGGAGCCCAUUCCCCUUUGCCUCGACGUCCACUGAAGGCAACUGGCGAGCAGCUGCGAAUCCUGCCGGCUCCGAACCGCAACAACAACCUCCACUGCCACAACCACAACAACCUCCACUGCCACAACCCAUUCACCCCCUGCUAUCGUCGUCUCGAGACAAAACACUCAGAAUUUGGAACGGCGCCGAGGGCAAAGUGCUACAAACACUGAGUCUCCCCAAACCCCAAUUCGCAGGCAAGUCCAGCGGCAAUCCUGACGCAGCCCGCUUGUGGCUUGCUGCCAAAUGGUCGCCCUCGAAUCCGCACACGGUUGUCUGCAGCUCGUUUGGCGGAGAUGUCCUGCAGUGGGACGUGAGGAUGGCGUUUGCGCGCGAAACCUCAAAAACAACGUCGCUUCCCCCGCCCAAACGCAUGGCUGGGCAAGGCCACUCUCGCAUCGUGUUCGACCUCUGCUUUGCCGGGGGACCUGGGGACCAGGUCUUGUCGUUCGGAAUGGAUCGCACCAUUGUGCAGUGGAGCUUGUCACACGGCCGCUCGGAGUGGACGCUGCCCACGCUGGGUGGGUAUGUCUACGGCAUUUCUGCGGCAGCCCACGACCCGCGGCGCAUUGCGGUUGCCGUGGGCGACAAUACAAUCCGCGUUUGGUCCAUGUACUCGUCCUUGGCUGCAAAUGCAUCGGCCUCACCAGCAGCGCGCCAGUCGUCCGAUCUGCCCGUCUCCCGUCAGCUUCCGUUUGCAAAUGGCUCCUACGACACGAUCAUGCUUUGGAAGGGGCUGCAAGCCAAAGUGACGUGCGUUUCGUGGCACCCGUUUGAGUCGGGCACGCUGGCUUUCGGCACUCAGGACGGACACGUCGGCAUUGCGACGGUGCACACCAACAAGGUGCAGCUGUUUUCUUCAAGCCAUACCGAUGGGGUUUAUCGAGUGGCGUGGCUGACGCAGCAGCAACAGCAGCAACAGCAAGCAGCCAAGUCCGGAGGCGGGUUGGGAGGAGGACGAACUCGCAAAGGUAAAACCACGAUCAAAGCCAGCCAAAGUUCUGCUUCUUCAGAUGUCGAGGUCUCCGAGCUGAUGUCGGCCGGCGAAUCAAAGUCCACGCCGCUUGAAUCAUCACCACUCGAGGAAGGAUCUCAGGCGUGCACCACCGCGCCGUCGUCCGAGACACCGGUUGUGGAGCCAGUCGACGCUGCACCCGUUUCUCCCUUCUCUGCCGUCACGCUGUUUAGCAGCGGCGGUGAUGGCAAAAUCUACCUCCACGACCCAGCCAAUCCCUCCAGCAGUGCAAAAACCUGGACUUCGGUCGUGGCUGCUUCUGGAAUAUCUCCGCCUUCGACGGGCGCAGGCGCAAAGCCAAAGCGACAGUGCGAUAUUGCCGUCUCCGCCAACGCGUCGAGCAUUGCUGUCGCAUACUCUGAUGGCUCGGUCGAGUUGUUUGACCACUCGUCCACCAGCGGACUUGCUUCGGCGGGCGUCCUCCAUGAGCUCAAGAAAAGCAUCAAUGCGCUUGCUUGGAACCAUGCUUUUGUCGAUGGCGUGCCGAUGGCGGCCAACGACAGCAUUGUUCCAGGCCGCCUCUUGGCUGCUGGCGCGGACGAUGGCGCGUUGCACGUCUACAACUGCGCAGCUGCUCCAGCGCUACCCACCCUGUUCUGCAGCCUCGUGGGGCAUACUCGUCGAGUUACCGGAGUGUCGUGGAACCCUCACAAUCCAAUGCAACUCGUGUCGUGCUCGUACGACAGCUCGGUUCAGACAUGGCAACUCCCUCAAGGAUCGCCAUUGGCCAAUUACCGCGGCCACGCUGGGCGAGUCUUUUCUGUUCAGUGGCUAUUCAGUGAUUCCGACUGCAUUGCAUCCGGAGCGGAUGAUCAAACCGUUCGCGUGUGGAGGAUUUCGGCGCAGACCCGAUUUACCACACCUCCCUCCAAGGCCGAGCUGGCGGCGAGCGAAAAGCUCUGGGCACCAGCGCCACUGCCUUCCACAACUGCCGAAUUGCCUGGGAGUGCAACCUCGAAAAGCAGCAAUAGCAAGGGCAAGGGGACAUCAUCUCAGACGCCCGUGUCAUCGUCCGUUGUCCCGCAGCAAAUGGAUCCUGCCCCCGAUCCACGGCACGACGAAGCAGUCAAGUCUCCGCGUGCCACUCCCUCCGCUGAAGCACAUGCUGCGGCCGUCGCAUCGCUUUUGGAGCAAAGGGACUCCCAGGUGGCUUCCGUUUCGACCACGGCUCAAACUCUGACGGACGGCGUUUCUGCAGCUACCUCUUCAGGUGUGACCAUCCCAACAGACCCGUCUCCGACUUCGUCAGACGGCACCCUGCCUUCCAAGCCCAAGCCGGCGAAAAAGAAGCAGACAAAACAUCCGACGUCCGUCUUGCAGCUUGAUCGGGGACACGGCGAGACCAUUGCCUCGAUUCGCGCCAACGCUGUUCAACUUGCGCACACUCUUUUCGCAUCAGCAUCAUCGACUCACCAACCAUUGCCAAUAACUGCGAUUGACCCGUCCGAGACGUCCCUUCCGCCUCUUGCAGCAGUGGCUGCCGAGCCCGUCCCGGCCGUUGCUGCUGCUACUGCUGUGGAUCAUCGACACGCAUUGUUCCUCGGCAAGCGCGAAAUGUUUGACCUUUUAGACGCCGAAGAGCACCGUCACACCGAGGAGCAACACAUUCAACAACUGGUCCAAUUGCAUGUAUGGCGCGGCGAGUACGCAACUGCCAUUCAAAUUGCGCAAGACGCGGGUCAACUCGAUGCGAGCUUGAUUGCCCUGUCCCCUCUUGCGGGCCUGGAUAUCUGGAGAAAGGCUACGAUUGCUUACGCUCAAAAGCUGGCGCAACAGGGAGAGACUGUCCAGGCUGCUCUCCACUUUCUCGCUGUCGACCAACCACUGGAUGCUAUCGAGUGCUACAGUCGAGGCAAAAUGUUCCGCGAAGCGCUCGCAUUGGCCAGGAUGAGACUAAAUCCGCUGCAACAACAGUCUGUCUCUCGCAAGAUCCAUCUGUCCUGGGCGACUCUGUUGGAAGUCGAGGGUAACUUUGAACAAGCAGCCAAAUGUCAUCUGGCUCUUGGUGCCUAUCGGUAUGCGGCCCAGCUACUUGCCCGACGCGGGGACGUCCCUGCCUUGGACGCGGCGAUCGACAUUUGCACGACUGCGGCGAUCGAUUCCACGCCCUUCAUUGAAAAGCUCGCCCAAUUGCACGAAGCCGCAGGAAACACAUCACAUGCAGUCCGAGUCCUCAAAUCCAGUGCAGUUCAGCACCGAAUCUAUCCGUUGCUGGCAAACCUGGCGAGGAAGGACAUCCAUCCCGCCUCGGCAACGGGCCAGGUGGCCACGGAAUUUGAGCAGUUGCUUGUGCAACACGAUGUGGGCGCGGAUGCCCAUGUCGCGGCAGCGUUGGUGUCUCUGCAAGCAGAGCAUACGACUCAUAAGAGCUUGGACACCUCGGUCGAACUCGCCAUCGUUCUCAUGCAGUUACAUGCUGGCCACCAUGAGCUUGCUGCUAGCUCCUUUAUCGCGGCCGUGUCGAAAGCAUUCCAACGCGCGGAAGCGCUCACAUCCGAUGGGGCACUGUCCUCGCAAGUCACCGCCCUUGCUCUUGCUGUGAACUGGCCCGACUAUCACCGGUUUCUGUCGCCAGAUUCAAUCCGGGACAUGUCACUUUUGCAGGGAAUUUUGGCGCUGGGUCUGGCCGAUCCCACAUCCUCCGACCUGCCCAUCGAAUCCUUGCACACGGUCACGAGUGCAUGCUUCUCUGAUGUUGGCAUCAUUGCGACAACUUUGGAGAAGAUCGACGGCUUGGUCCAGAAGUCAUGGACGCAGGUUUCGCUUCGGCAGCGAAUUCAAGCCGCCGCGUCUGCUUCGAAGCCGGCUGCAUCGAGCUCGGGUAGUGCCUGCACUGCACAAGAAAUUGACUCUUUCCGGGCAACAAACUUGCCGGCCUGGCGCGCGCGCUUGACCGAUCUCGUGCAGCCAGUCUUUGCAGCGGGCAUUGCAAGCACGUUUACGGAGGCACGUCGAGCUGUACUCGAGGCGUUUGUCUGCGAAACACGGCAACUGCUCGAUCUUCCACCCGUGCAAACCUCUCUCAGCAAUCUCACGUACUUGCACGACGAGCUACAACUCGUUUUGCAGCCGCUUCGGCUUCUAUCUCCAGUCUCGAAAAUCCAACCAACAGCAUUGCUCCCCGUGGCGACGAGCGUCGUCUUCCGCUUUGCAUCCUUCCCAGAAGUGAGCAAGACCGAGGAGCCUCUUCAGCGUCAGUCUCAGGCGCUCUUCCGCAUGUUCCAGCUACUUCAGUGAUCCGUUCACCUCAACAGUUCCCGAUUUUGCACCGUACCAUUGAUAUCUCGUAUUGUACUGUAUUGUAAUAUUCUUUGACAUCUC